AUGCCACUCUCGUUCCGUAUAUGCCUCACAAAUGCCACUCUUGUUGCCGUAUAUGCCUCACAAAUCCCAUUCCCGUUUCCGUAUAUGCCUCACAAAUACCACUCGCGUUGCCGUAUAUAUCUCACAAAUCCCAUUGUCGUUGCCGUAUAUGCCUCACAAAUCCCAUUCUUGUUGCCAUAUAUGCCUUACAAAUCCCACACUCGUUGCCCUUUAUGCUUCACAAAUGUCACUUUCGUUGCCGUAUAUGCCUCACAAAUCUCAUUCUCGUUUCCGUAUAUGCCGCACAAAUACCACUCUCGUUGCCGUAUGUGCCUCACAAAUGGCAUUCUCGUUUCCGUAUAUGCCUCACAAAUGCCACUCUCGUUGCCGUAUAUGCCUCACAAAUCUCAUUCUCGUUUCCGUAUAUGCCUCACAAAUCUCAUUUUCGUUGCCGUAUAUGCCUCACAAGUCCCACACUCGUUUCCGUAUAUGCCUCACAAAGUAAGCUAA